AUAGGGCAAAGUGUGAUUUAGCAACUGAAAUGUCAUACCUGAACGUGCAGAAUUACCUGGCAAAGUUUUGCGCUCGCUGUGUUGUUUCCUUGCCAAAGAUCACGCUUUCGCGAUCACAAAAGAUUUUAAUUAUAUGUUUAACAAGUGGUACUCUACUACUUGGCAGUCUAGCCCAAUACUUGAAAAGGCGUAGGAAGCAUCCAAUCCCACCUUCUAGAAGGCAUCUCAGGGAUUCUAGACAGAGAUUAAUCAAUUCAAAGAAUUCUAAUUUUGAUGCAGUUUCCCAAGCAUCUUGGGCUAGAAGAAGUGAAGCCAGUACGCGUAGUCAUAUCAGCGACAGAGCUUCUUUGAUAUCUUCUGUACCAGGGGGUGCAGAUGGAGAUUCCAAGCUUACACCCCAGCAAUAUGGAGUACUUGGUCUCGAGGCCCUGGAAAAGGCGCUCUACUGCUGGGAGGAUGCCCUCACGGCGUUCAGCUCGGCCCUCAACAGCGAGGCCUUUGCUCUACCCUCGAAAGCCGACGCGGCCUUCACGCGCGAUGUCCAGGAGUUGCUCGACUUGGGCUACCAGAUACAGAAUCAGGCAGAGAUGCUCUUCAUCGAUCAGCAUUCCGUGUUGUUUAGAAACGAGAGCGACAGCGAGGACAGUCACAAGCCGUCGACUCUGGCGACCAGGUUGUCCGUCAUCAGAGACAAGCACGACCCGGCAUCCUCGCCCGAGUCCUAUGCUUCUGCCAAGGAUGGCGUCGCUGAUUUGCGCGAGUUCGAGGAAUUCGCUGAGGUGUAUCCGCACUUUGAGCAACAAAAAUUAUACCACGAGGCGCUCAAACAACACGAGGACGAUGGCAUUGUGUGCAGGAUGAGUAGAAACGGCUUGGAAAAACGGCUGCACACGGAAUUAGUCAAGUGUGGCUCCGACGUGGAGUACUUAUCAAAGGUCCACUGUCUCAGGCAAGCAUACUCCAAACUAUUCAGACAAUCGUACGCAGCUACGUGGGUCGCUGACGUGGGCCGCCAAUUGAUCAGCGAUUUGAUCAUAUUUGCCGACCGUGAUCCCAAGGACUACUUGAUGCAUUACGAGAAAAUGCUCGAGUUUCUCAGCCAUGAACCAAACUUGGGAAUAAUGAAGGAAGAGCUGGGAACGCGAGGCGUCAGGUGUAUCAAUUUCUACGACGUCGUCAUUGAUUUCGUUUUGCUUGAUGCCUUCGAAGAGAUGGAGAAUCCACCAGCUUCGAUCAGGGCUAUUUUGCAAAACCGAUGGAUCUCUGCGAGCUUCCGAGAGACGGCAAUAGGUACUGCGGUGUGGUCGGUGUUACUGGGCAAGAGGAAAAUGCUCAAGCAUCCGCAAGGCUUCAUGGCGCACUUUUACUCAAUCUCGGAGCAGGUGACGCCAGUGCUGGUCUGGGGCUUUCUCGGACCUGAAAGUAGCUUGCGCUCAACUUGUUAUUACUUUAGAGAUCAGAUAGUUGAAUUUUUAAUAGACAUAUUUAAUUUCUACAAAGUCAGAUACACGAACGUUGACGAUCUUGCCGAGGAUGUACUGAGGGAAAUGAAGAUUCGCGUGGAGAAUAUUAACCAGAGACUGUCUCUCGAGGGGUGUUAGGACACCUAGUUUUGUAAAUAUAGCGAGAAAAGCAUUUUUAAUAUUAUGCAUUGGGGAUAUGAAAAAAUUCGAAUAGCCAAAAAAACAAUAAUACGCACCAUGAAACUUACGUCAAGUUUUGUUAUCUAUUAAAAUAAUUGUUGAAUUGUAAGUGUAUUUCUUCAUUGACGCGAUGAAAAGUAUGUAGAUUUUACUUUGUUCUUUUUUUUAAAUAUUUUGUAUGAUUAUAAAUAUGUACAGUGGAUUAAUAUAUUUAUUAAUAGUGAAUUUUACAUCUUUAUUCUGUUUUUAUUUUUUUUAGUAUUAUGGCUUGUAGGACUAAACUUGAAAUUCGUACUAUUUAACUAUAAUUUUAUUGUUUAGCAGAGCCACUUUUUAACAUGUAAUAGGAAUAUAGGAUUUAAAAUUUUAACUUUUCAAAUUACAUUCCAUGAUUAUAAAUUCAACAAUUUUUACAGUGCUAAAAAAAUAAAUUUUUUACCUCCUACAUUUAAGUUUUCGGUACUUUUUAACAAAGAGUUGUGUGUGUGGUGAUAGUAGUAUUUGAUAUUUUACUUUUCAUGUGUUUGAUGUGCAUCC